UUUCUCCACAGUGAGGACGCCAUGAUGGAAAUGAAAAGCAUCCUAAAGCCCAAAAGAAAGGUGAGCAUGGUGCUCUCUGGGGAGGACAGCAGCGCCACCCAGAGCAGUUCCAUCGGGGCCGUACGCUGGAACCUGCCCACCCAUGAUGAAAGCAGCCAGCCUCACAGCUCGGUCCCCAGCAGGCCCACCAACAGCCUCAAUAAACAGUCACAGCAACAAACUCGCCAAAACGGCCUGAAAGAUCUCCGCAGCCUGCAGGAGUGCGUGCAGUUUAUCCAGCAGUGGAAGGAACAGGUGGAUCAAGUGUGCAAGCAGGAAGCUCUGGAUCCAGGAGAAGGCACCACGAAGGACGCCCAGAGUUCACACAGGCACGCCGAACGCAGUCUCGAGGAGAGCAGGAAGUUAAUCCUGCAGUGGGCCGAUGAGCUCCGCGAUGUUGAUAGGCUCCUAAAGGAGACUCCCUGGGUAUCUGACAGUCAAGAACACGAAACUAAAGACAAGGAUGCCAAUGAGGUGGCACACAUGAGGAUCAUGGAGUGGGCAAAGGAGCUGCAGGAGGCGAGCGAGCGUUGUGGCGUUCAGAGCGAUGAGCUGGGUAAGGUGCUGCGUGUGCUGACUCUGAAGAAGAACCGGCUGGUCAGGCUGAUGCCUCUGUUGGAGUUCAUCACCUGGUCGCUGCUCAAGGAAGGAAGCACGAAAAUCGUCCCACAGUUGUGGCUCCUGGCAAAGCAAAAGUCCUGGGAAGCAGGAAUUCCUCGAUACAUCCCCAACUCAGUUUGGGGGUGGAUCUGCAGCGCAGCAGGUAACAAUAGCCUCAGCUUUAUCUCCAUCCCAUAA